AUGGCGAAUAAUUCCGGCAUAGACGAAGAGAUGAAUCAAUCCGAGGAGCCAAGGACGCCGCUGAAGAGACCAGUCUUGAAAAACGACACUGGAUUCGCCAUGGUAUGGACCCCUGAAGAACAAGCAACUCUAGAUAACGCCCUGCUCAACGAACCUAAGGACGCUUCUAAAUAUUCGUGUGUCUCACGUUACGCGAGAAUCUCGUUAGAGUUUCCAAAUAAGACCACCAAAGACAUCGCUAUGCGUUGCAGAUGGAUCAAAGAAUUGGGAAGAGUCAAAGCUGAGGGUUCAAACUCAGCUCCUCAAGAUGCGGUCACCGAUGAGCUCGAAGAAAACCUUACGCUCUUCAACAAAGCUCGCGACAAUAUCAUGAUACUUGUCAACAAGCUCAACGAGAAUGUGCCGGACCAGAUGAAGCAUAUGCCACCAUUGCCCGAGAAAUUGAACGAUGAUUUAUUUAAAUUCUUGGUUCAAAAUCAAAUCUACCAUAGCUACCAUGAAUAA